UUAGGGAUUUUUUUUAAAGAAAACCUUCUCUCUGCUUUGUUUUUCUUUUUCUCCCACCGCCGCCGCAAAGCCACGCUCCUCCUCGCGCCGACCUUCUUUGUUUCUCCUCCUCCUCCCACGCAUCGAGUUUCUCUUCUUCAUCUUCUCACCAACUUCCUUCUUCUUUCUCCUCUCCACCCUUCUUCCGCCGCCCCGGAUCAACACCGGCAAACCGAUCAACACCGGCAACACCAGCCCUAAUCCUUCUUCUUCUUCUUCUCCAAACCACCAAGACCGGAAGCAACCUUCUCCUUUUUCUUCUGCCCUAUGCCAGCAAGAGCAAGAUCAGACUCAGCCACCAACAACAAGGCCAGUAUUCCGCAUACUCUGAUUCAGCCGCUGCCCUCACCCAGCCUCUUUUUUUAACAAUUUUUUCCAGCAACUAGCAACCUCUUCUUCUUCAGGCCAAGAGCGGUAGCUCUUCUUCUUCUUCCCAGCGGACUUCUCCCUCUUUUUCCAGGAAGCAGCAACCUUUUGCAGCAACUCCUGCCUCUUCUUCCAGUCAACUGGUGCACUGCUAUUCACCACCGUGGUUGUUCAUCGCUGGAGUCUAGGAAAGCCACAGCUGGCUCCUCGUUUUCCAAACUCUUCGGUACCCUUCGUCUACCUUCGUUCAGACGGCCGUUCCUUAUACAAGGACCAAUUAAAGCUAAGGAUUGAUAAAAUAAUUGUAUGUUGAUAUGUGAAAUAAUUGAUUAAAUUGGACCAAUUAUGAUUGUUGUAUAUGCUCGGUUGGCUCGAACAUUUCAUAUCAACGAAACAUCUCCAUUAGUUUGUCAGUCAAAUGAAAAUUCUGAGAUAUAUAUUUUAUUUUAUUAAAUUUCUAUUUAGGAUGGUCUGUCUAGAUUAGGAUUAGAAAAAAAUGAGUAAAUAUAUAAGUUUGUUUUUUCGAUAGUAGUUGAGGUCGUGCAUAGGAAUUGAGAGAUUAAAUUGAGGUUGUGGAAUCAACAUUUAAUCCCUAAACCCUAAACCUUAGCCAAUUAUCAGAUUUUUGUGUUAUUAUUAGAUAUUAUUUUGAGUUUGCUGAGUUAUGUUCAUAUUCUACUGAUACAAGUUCGAGUGUUUUUCUUCAAUUAAUACAAAAUCGACUUUGUUCUGGAGUUAUCUUUCCUCAACGAGUACCAAGCAAUUUCAUGAUAUAAUGGAUAUUUGGAUGGCACAAAUAUGCUUAUAUUCAUCUAUUACAAUAAAUUGCAUCUAAGAUGGUUAGUUAGAUUGGGUGAAUCUCUUCUGAUUUGCUAUUAUAAUUACUGUGUAUUGAGUAUACUUGCAAAAAGCACCAAGAGUCCCAUUCUCAUUCCUGCACUUCUAUAUUUCAUUUUUUUUCUUGAUUAGCAAAUGGCCUCAUCAUUGUUCUUCAUUGGAUAUUUGCUAUUUGAUUUGCUUUCAGGAAUAAUGCACUUUAUGAGAAAAGCUUGUGGUUGUCUCUCCGCUGAGUUGAAUCCUUUGUAUACGAGACACUAUGCCUCCAAAAUUGAUUGGAAUAAACUUCGACCUAUAAUUAUAAAUAGAAUAAGAAACAGGGUAAAUGACUAUCCAAUCAAGAGCAUGAUUCCUGUUGCAAAAGAUGUCCUUAAAUCCCAAGAAAUUUUGUGGAAAGGCGUUUCUUUUCUCCUCAAUGUCAUCCCAGUGAAGGCAUGCAACUCCUGUCCUGAAGUCUAUAUUGGCAAAACUGGACAUCAGAUAAACACGUGCCGGGGUUUCAAAAAGAGGGCUAAGAACCUUCCACACCAAUGGACAGAAGGAAAACUAAUUGACAUCCUUCCCCGAGUUGAAUCCUAUCAUCUCCAACACAUGCGGAAAAGCAUGAUAAAGCAUGAUCAGAGAUUUGACUUGCCUCGUGUGCCUGCGAUUCUCGAGCUGUGCCAUCAAGCAGGAGUAGAAAUCCCCGAUGAGAUUUUGUACAGUUAUAGUAGAGAAUCCUAUGAUAGCAUAGAAUAUCCAGGGCAGGUUGCUACCCUGCUGGGAGAAGACAUCCAGUCAAUUGCGGUGACCACCCUAGAUGCAUGGGAGAAUCUCAGGCUGGGAUUGCAGAAGCUUCUCUUUGUCUACCCAGUGAAGGUCUGCCAAUAUUGUUCAGAAAUCCAUGUUGGUCCAACAGGGCACAAGGUUCGGGUUUGCGGGCUAUUUAAGCACGAAAGUUGGAGGGGGAUUCAUAAGUGGAAGAGAGCAGAGGUGGAUGACUUGGUACCACCAAAGGUGGUGUGGCACCGGCGGCCUCAAGAUCCACCAGUGCUGGCCGAUAAUGGGCGAAAUUUCUAUGGGCAUGCACCUGCGGUGGUGGAGCUCUGCAUCCAAGCCGGAGCUAGAGUGCAUCCAAAAUACUUCUGCAUGAUGAAGAUUCAUGGAUUUCCUGGCAACUGAGCUUUGAAGGGCCACCUGCUCCAUUCACCGAGUUCAUGGUCUGAUUUAACAAUUUUGACAUCGUUGUAUGCUAUCAUUUAGGGUGGUUGCUCGUCAUAGGCAUCGGCAUCAAUAGCAAAUUGAUCACUGCUGAAUCUCGGCUCAGCAGUUGAAGAGGUUUGAAAAUUGCGCUAAUUUAUUUUCUCAUAUUGAAUGUGUAAGAUGAGUGGUAGCAUAUUGGAAGAUUUUUCUUUAGAUCCGUGUUUCAUCCUCGUGUACAUAUGGAUGAUCCAUAUCAAAUAGAACGAAGGACAGGUUUCAAUUUGUUUCCGACCUUCGCUUGUUCUGUAAAAUUGACUUGUUUGCCAUGAACUCAUUGUGAGGCUGGUUAAUAAACACAUGUACACCUCUUUAGUUUA